AUGUCGUCUUCUUGGGUCCGUGGUACUUGCGUCGGAAGAGGUUGUUUCGGCUCAGUUAGCACGGCGAUUAGCAAAGCCGACGGUGGAAUAUCUGCAGUGAAGUCCGUGAAUCUCACCACGUGUCUCCCCACUCAACUAGAGUCUCUCGAAAACGAAAUCUCCGUCCUCCGUUCCCUCAAGCCUCACCCUCAUAUCGUGGGAUUCCUCGGCGACGGAGUCUCGAAAGAAGGAAUUACGUCGUUUCGAAACCUCCACUUAGAGUAUCUUCCCGAAGGUGACGUGGCUAAUUACGCCGCAGGAGGAAUCGACGAAACUCUUCUCCGGCGUUACACGGCGUGUCUAGUCUAUGCUCUCCGCCACGUACACUCGCAAGGAUUCGUUCACUGCGACGUCAAGGCGAGGAACGUCCUCGUCAGCCGGAGCUCCGUGAUCAAGCUAGCGGAUUUUGGAUCGACGAUCAGAAUCGGUAAACCGACGGCUACGGGUAAGAUAACACCACGUGGAAGUCCUCUUUGGAUGGCUCCGGAGGUGAUCAGACAAGAGUACCAAGGGCCGGAGAGUGACGUCUGGUCUCUUGGCUGCACGGUCAUCGAGAUGCUCACUGGUAAACCCGCUUGGGAAGAUCUCGGGAUUGACACGCUGAGUCGAAUCGGUUUUUCCGACGAGUUACCGGCCGUUCCCGGGAUAUUGUCUAAAAGCGGCCGCGAUUUCUUAGACAAGUGUCUGAAGCGAGACCCGAAUCAGCGGUGGGGUUGCGAUCAGCUUUUGCAGCAUCCAUUUCUGUCUCAGUGUCACUCCUCGUCUCCCACUGAGUCAUCUCCGCGUUGCGUACUGGACUCGGUUAACUCGCAGUUCGAGUUGGAAGAUGAAGAAGAGGAGGAAGCAGGGAGAAGCGAGUGGAGAUCCGAAAUGGAAAUCGCGGCGAUGGCAAGGAUUUGUAAAUUGGCAACAACCGGAGGGGCAAUUUGGGAAUCGGAAGGUUGGGUGGAAGUUAGAAGCCACGCUUCAGGAGAGGAAAGGGCAACAACAGAAUAUUCGGAAUUAACAAGGGUAAAAUCGGAAUGUAACACAUCAUCGGAUCCGUACGAUGACGUGGCUGAAGAGUCGGCGAGAAAUGACUUUUCUGUGUAUCCGAAUGAACCGCCGGGAAACCGGGGAUCGGCGGCGGCGUUGCCAAAUGAAUUAUUGCAAGAGUCAAGGACUCAAGGGGAUGGAGACUGGAGAGUCAGGUACUUUGAUUAA